AAUGGUGAAGUGGAGGAGGAGACGAGAGAAAAUUUCAAGAAUGUUGUCAAGAUGCUCAAGAUUUUCAGCUCGAUGUAUCAACAUGUUUAGUUACUGACUUACCUCGCUGUCUUUAAGUGUGUUUAUGGCAAGUUUAUUGGUGAAUCUUAGAGGAUAAAAACCCCUAAAAAAUUGUAACCAACUUUGCGUUAAUUUUCAAUAACAGUUGUAAUUAUAUUUCAAUUGUUUCAACUCUUACCCACAACUUAUCAUCUUUGAUCGCUCUGAACGUUAUCUUCCCAAAUCACUCCUCUUCAUAUCUUAUUUUUGUUAACACUUUCUCAAUGCACAUGUUUCUCCGUAUGUUUUUACUCAUUUUAUCGCCAUCCAAAAUUAUCUUUACUUUAUUUUUUCUUGGCCUUUUAUUGUUUCAACCGCCAGUCAGUUGUAAACCCGAGCCUUGCUCUGAACCUCCAGCCUGGAAUGUUACACCAACCGGACUGGCUUCAUCUUCUGGUAUCAUAAGCCCAAUGGAAGAGUCUGUUGGUGAUGUUACUCUGAUUGCGCUCAUGAAAUACAGCUGACAAUUAGCUCAACAACAGAUACUCCGAUUAAAAUCAAUGUUAAAAUUUUUACAAAGCACUGGUCUAACCGAUAUCCGUUUCAUUAUUAUCAACAGUCAACAGACUGCCAAUGAUUUCAACUCCUUGUUAGAGCUUGUCAAAGAUUCUGGUAUCAAGGUUUAUCAAGAAACCAGUGACGAACCCAUUUGGCGUAAAUUGGAGGGUGGUAAAGAUGAUAUGUUUGUUUAUGAUCGAUGCGGUCGAUUAACCUACUAUGUGCCUUAUCCUUUAAGUGGACUUCACGAUGUACCAAUCGUUCACACAACCUUAUUAUCCAGUUAUUUUGAUUAUCCUUGUGGUAAAAUUUGUCAAAAUAAAUCUCAACCGUCGAUAAACAAAUCUUCAACAUACAACAGCAAUCACCCAAGCCUUAGUUCACUUUUGAUCAACUCGGUUCACAAAAGUCAAUCCAAAUUUAUUGGUUCAAUCGUUCCCAAAAGUGAGUCUGGUUCGAGUGGGGAAACAAACCAGUCAAACACUGAUUAUCUUAAUGCAAAUAUAACCAAAGAAAUAUAUGAUAAUCAGCUGUUGCCCGGUUCAAAUGUGUACGAAUCAAGUGAUGGUAAAAAAAUGGUUAUUGAUUUGGGUAAACCUUUCGGUAGGCAACAGAAAGAUUUGAUUGAUGAAUCAGAUGGCAGUGCCAGUGGGUCCGGCGAGUCUCCAAUGUUACCUUCAAUACCAAUAACAGACAAUAUUCAUGUUGUAUCUUCACUGGCAACGCCAUCAUUAUCAACAUCCUCACUGACGGCAACAACAGUGAAACCUAAAGUAACCAUUAAUGUAUUAACUUCAAUAGAUUCAAAUGAAUCGUUGAAUUCAUCCUCAGUGUCGCCUUCAUUACCAGGACAUUCUGCAGUUUCAGUUGAACCCUUUGGAGUUCGCUCUGUUUGGAAAAUUUGGCAAUUUUUUGUUGGCGGAACAGGAAAUGAGUCAGGUCCUGUUGUCAUUUCAACUGCAAAUGAAACCUCAAACUCAAAAUUUCCAUCAAAUCAAUCAAUUACAUCGAAUUUAUCAUCCCUCAGAAAACGACCUUCAAUGUACAACAAUAUUAACAUCAACAAUCAAAUGAUCACCAAUAAUUCAUCUUCAAUCAAUGUUACCAAUGAGGUUUGGCUAUUGAAUGGUAAACGCUGUAAUGGUUUCGAUAAAUCUGUUUGCGUUGAUAUUUCCGUUUCUAAAUUGCUUCGAGCUCGAUUAUGUUGCCUCAACGAAGUUACUGGAGGUUUAAUGGGACCUGGUAAAGGAUUUCGUUGUACUGGUUAUACUAAAUCAAUUUGUAAUAAAAUGUUUCCCUUAAUCAAAUGUUGUCUCAAAGAUUUUCAUCAUAUUCUUGGAAAAUAUUUAAAUAACAAUUCAUCACAUUCACCUUCUUCAAAUAUUGGUUAAUCGCCAAUAACUGAAUCAACACAUGAUACCAAUGAAUCUGCUUUUUUCACGUCAACUAUUGUAUCAACCUGCUUGACCUUACAUCAUCAAUUCAUUUAUUAUUAUCAUUUAAUUAUUGCAACAAUCUUUUCUGGUAAUCAAAUUAUCACUUUUCUGUAACCACCUACAUUUCAUCAACAAUUAAAAAUAUAAAAUGUAUAUUAUUAACUAAAAA